AUGGAAUCUUCUGAAGAAUUUCCUUUUCCUUUCCCUCCAUAUCCCAUACAAAACCAAUUUAUGAAAGAGUUAUAUAAAUGUUUGGAACAUGCUAAGUUGGGAAUCUUUGAAAGUCCAACUGGUACUGGUAAAUCUAUGUCAAUUAUUUGUGGUGCUUUAAAAUGGUUACUUGAUUAUGAAGAAUUUCAAAAGAAUGAAUUAAAUACUGCUAUUUCUGAACUUGAUGCAAAAAUUAAAGAAUGUACUAAUUCUUCUGACAACUGGUUUUCUGUACAAACUCUACAGAUAAAAUUAAAUGCUAAAAGGCAAAUGCUUCAAGUUAAGUUAAACAAUAUUCUUCAAUAUGAAAGAAAAAAAAAUUCUCUGAAAGAAGCAAUUAAAAAUAUGAAUAAAAAAAAAGAAUCACGUAAGCAUACUAUGUUAAGUUGCAUAAAAAAUGAAGUUGAAGCAGCAAAUGUUCUAAUUAAUAAAAUUAAUGAAAAUGAAAGUAUCGAGGAGAAACUACUUUUAGAAGAUAUCCAAGAUUCAGAAAGUUCAGAAGAAGAAGACAAGGAAGAAGAAAUUUAUGAAAAUACCAAAAUUUUUUUUUGUUCUAGAACUCAUUCUCAAUUAUCUCAAUUUAUAGGAGAACUAAAAAAAAGUCCUUAUUCAAAAACUAUAUCUGUUACUUCAUUAGCAUCUAGGCAAAAUUAUUGUAUUAACAAAAAUGUAAAAAGAUUGAAACAUUUGAAUUUAAUUAAUGAAUGUUGUUUACAAUUACAAAGAAAAAAAGUAACUGUCAAAGAUGAAAAAGAUAUUAAAAGAAAGAAGGUGGCAAGCAAUUGUCCCUUUGUACCAGGAAGUCAAGAUUUAUUGAUAGGGGAAACUUUAAUGCAAAUUCAAGAUGUUGAGGAAAUUGUACAAAGGGCAGAAAAUCUUAAAACUUGCGGAUAUUAUGCAUCAAGGAAAGCUAUACCACAUAGUCAGAUAAUACUAGUGCCAUAUAAUACUAUAUUACAUAAAAAUACCAGAAUUAGUUCAGGAAUAAAUUUAAAAGGAAACAUAUUGAUAAUAGAUGAAGCUCAUAAUUUACUUGAAGCAAUUGAAAGAAUGCAUAGUGUCAUGGUUACAGGUAGAAACUUGUUGCAUUGUUAUAGCCAACUUUCUCAAUAUCAAAAAAGAUUUCAAAAUUUGUUCUCUCCCAAAAAUGUUUUGAGCUUAAGUCAGUUAAGUUUCUGUUUAAAGAAACUUCUAACAGUUUUUGGAGCUACUAUAAAAUCAAAUUCAGAUGAUGGUAUAAAUACAGAAACAUCUCCAAAAUUGUAUAAAAUAGAGGAAUUUGAAAUAUUGACAGGAAUUGACACACUAAAUAUAUUUGAAUUGUUGAAGUUUAUUAAGAAUUCAAGAUUAAGUCAUAAACUACAAGGAUUUAUGGAACAAAAUGACAUUAAUUUGAAAAUUUAUAAACAUGAUACAAAAACAUGUGGUGUAAAACAAUUCUUAAAUUUUAUUAAAACCAAAAGUACAGAAUCUAAUAUAUCAGACACAAUUACAGAUACAAUAUCAGAUGAAGAACGAUCAAAUAAUCCAAUAAUAACAAUUAUAAGUUUUUUAGAAUGUUUACAAAGUUGUUGUGCUGAUGGACGUAUAUUUGUUAUUCCUGGUCCAACUAUUGGACAAAGUAUUAUAAAAUUUCUUUUAUUAAAUCCAGCAGCACACUUUCAUGAUAUUGUUCAAGAUGCUAGAGCUGUGAUAUUGGCUGGAGGAACAAUGGCACCAAUGAACGAAUUUGCAGAGCAAUUGUUUAUACCAGCAGGAGCCAUUCCUGAAAGAAUUGUUACAUUUUCAUGUGAUCAUGUAAUUUCUGAAGAAAACAUAGUGUGCAGUAUUACAACUCAUGGUCCAACUGGUAUUGAAUUUGAAUUUAAUUUUCAAAAUCGUCAAAAUAUAAAACUGGUAAAUGUUUUGGAAGCAGUUACAUUAUAAUAUAAACAGAUCUACAUACCAGCUGGUAUUGUAGUAUUUUUACCCUCAUAUAAUUUCGAAGAAUUAGUGUAUAAACACUUAGAAAAAUCUGGUAUUAUAACAAAACUUUCUUUAAAGAAGCAUGUCUUUCGAGAACCUAAAUUAGCUUCUCAGGUAAAUGAAAUUUUGGAACAAUAUUCUCUUCAUGUAAAAAGACCACAGAGUCCACAAAAUGGAUCAUUAUUAUUUAGUGUGGUUGGAGGUAAAUUAAGUGAAGGAUUAAAUUUUUCUGAUGAUUUGGGAAGAUGUGUUAUAGUUGUAGGAAUGCCUUAUCCUAAUGUCAAAUCAUUAGAAUUACAGGAAAAGAUUAAAUAUUUAAAAGAAAAUGUUAAAUCAGAUGCUGGUCAAAACUUUUAUGAAAAUUCAUGUAUGAAAGCUGUAAACCAAUGUAUUGGGCGAGCUAUUCGACAUAUUAACGAUUAUUCGACAGUAGUAUUGUUAGAUAAACGUUAUACCUAUAAAACAAAAGCACUUCCACAUUGGAUUCAACGUACAUUAAUAAUUCAUAGUACUUUUGGUAGUAUGAUUGGUACUAUAGGUAAAUUUUUUAAUAAAAAGAAGGAGUCUCAUAAAAAAGGAUAA